AAUUUGAUCGUUCAAGGUCGCAAAGACGAGUUAUGUCUAGCUUGGGAAUGACGCACUUUACCACUGUGUGCUUUACUUCAUUUGUUCGUCUAUGUGCCAUAGUCUAUGCUUAGAAUUCUUUUUCAAGGCACAAUACUUCAUGUUAUUCAGAUUACCAUAAUAUCUACAUAUACGGUGGAGUGUAUCAAAGUGAUAACUGAAUAAACCUAAUGAGAUGGAGUAUUUAUUCCCUGUAUCGAUGCAGUGUUCAUAUUCGGACGCACCUAGCUCCAUAAUUUUUCAUGAGACCCAAAAGUAUCCUGAAAGUGUAUCGUCACUCAUCACAACGCUCUUGCUCAACAUUGCAAAUGAGGCUGUAACGCGGCAGUUACGCACAAUUUUUAUCCGAAAAGAGGCUAUUUUAAAAUAUGAUUUCGUUCACGUUCAUGGUUGCAGUAAACUCGUUACAUCUAAUUGGGAUAAUGUCCAUUUUGUAUACCUACCUUCUGAAGAUGCAUUAAUACAUUGGUUUUCACAUGUUCAUAUGGGAAGAGGAUUUGCUGACGUUAUUAUUGUUGAAGGACUGGAUCAGUUCGUGGAAAAUGAUAAUGACGCAUCAUAUAUCAUUAGAUUAACUAACCUACUAGAAGAUACUCGACAAUUUAUCCAUAGUUUUACGAAAGAGACUGAGCACGGUCAUAACUGUAAACUAAUAGUGUCUUCCAGUCUAAAGAGUUCUCAUACAUCCAAAAAAUCUGAUCUUGCACAAUAUCAUCGCGAUACGCUUCCAGCACAUGCUAUGAUUAGAACGUUUUUUUUGCAGGGAGGAAAUGGGAGUGAUUUAUUUGACUUGUACUCAGUUGAGGAUAAUUGGAAGUUGAAUUUAAGAAGACAAUAUGAUGAAGUUUUCUGGACAACAAACCAAUAAAUUUUCAAUGGAUAGACAGAAACUUGCUUGGUUGUAAAUAAUCAUUUUUCUAUUUUUAAAUAGAAAGUCGUUUUUAUUGA